AUGGGAAAAAAAAACCGCAACUCCCUUUACGAGCCACCACAUGACCCAUUCCACGCUCCCGCGCGCCGGCGGCCGCUGCCACGUGCCACGGCUAAUUCAAAAGGCGGCGACGCCCCACGGAAGAGAAAAAGCCGUCGCACGCCGCCCGGCCGCGCCGCGCGUCGUGACCCAAACCGCGCGGUGCGGGCUACUUUCGCGAGGGGGCGCGAAGCACGGGGGCGCGGCCCCGCUGCCUUUGCAUUGGGGGGCCCUGCCCUCUCGCGCGGCGCUUCGCGCCUCGCGUGCUGCGUGCGUCUUGCGGCCUCGGGCGUCGGGCGUGUGGGGCUUCAUCGGGGCCCCCUGCGGCGUGGCGCGAGCGGGCCGGCGCGGGUGGGGCGGGUGAAGUGCGCGCCGCGCGGGACAUCCAGC